AUGACCAUAGUGCAUGCCUACAUUCCAGAGUCAGGUGGCCCCGACUUCCAAGCCCUUUCUGGGGUGCCCCAGGAAAUACCAGGGGAGAUGUGCUGCAGCGUCUGUGCAGCAGAGGUGACCCAGAACCUUGCAUGUUUUCCAUGCGUGGUGUCUGCCAGGUCGGGUGAGAUGCACUGUUUUCUGUUCUCAGACAGCAGAGGUGGCUCACUGCCUGUGGCGUCCCCUCGGAGCCGGCGGCUGGCACGAAGGCCGGGCUACAUGAGAAGCCUGCCUACGUCUGGGAUCGGGUUCCACGCCCCAGCAGAAGGCACGGCACGUCUGGUCCCAAGAGGCCUGAACGGUGAGGAGGUCCAACACUCUGAGUCCAGGGCUGGACAUUGUGGUCUUGACCCCAGUGGUCAAUGUCAAGGCCUGACAGUGGGCAGCCCUAUUCCUGAGAGCUCAGCUGCUCCUGCUGUGGCCUCUGUGGGCCCCCUACACCUGGACCAGAACUCUGAGGGAGCAACUCCAGUACACUUUGGGAUUCAGCACAGAGCUGGCACCAGAUUGCCUGAGAGACUGACCAGGCCAUGCGGCCCUGGGGACAGUGGACAUCGGAAGGAGGUUUUAUCCAUGGACAGUACUGAGGCCUGUGGCCCCAACAAAGAUGCGGCCUGCAGUGAGGGAGCAAGAAACACGCGGGUCGUGGGGUCUCUGGCAUCGCUGGGGGUGAGUGACAACUGGAACAGCCUCGAGAGAGGCCCCGACAGCUCCCCUGCCCCUCCCGGCUCCCAAGUCCCCUUCGCCUCGAACUUCAGCUUCAUUCAGCUUUCCCUUCGCUCUGCGGGUGAGCGGGGCGAGGCCGAAGGCUGCCUGCUGUCCAGAGCCUCCAGCAGCGCCCAGGAGACGGGAGCCAUCGGCUCAGACCAGUCCCUGCGGGACCCCCGAGGCAGCUCCUGGGCCUCUAGUCUCCCUGCUCCCAGGGGCCCGGAGGGCUUGGCCCAGGCAGUAGGGAGCAGCAGCCAGCAGCUGAGUGGCUUGCACUCCUUGGCCUUGGACACUGGCUCCUUCUCCCUGGAUGCCUCCUUGGCAGGCGGCUGGGGCGAUGAGGGCAGCGCCUUGGAGGACGGCCCCAGCUGGCACGCUCUGCUUGGGCAAUGGGAACCUGCACUGCACGACUGUCUCCUGAGCAACCGCAGGCAGCUGGGGGUAACCUCAUUGAGUUUAAAGCUUCAGAAACUUCAGGAAAAAGCAAUUGAGGACGAGGAUUAUGAUAAAGCGGAGCUGUUGAGACAGAGACUGGAGCACCUGGAGCAGGAGAAGGGCCGCGUGCCCUGGGCUCUGCCUUCGCGACAGCCCGCUCUCGGCCGCUUCCUGCGCUGCCUGGCCGCCCGCAUCCAGACCGCCGUGCAGGGAGCCACGCGGCGUGAUGACUCUGCAGCCCUGCUCAGGGGUGAGCGGAGGCCAUUGGAGGCCUCUGUCCAGGACAGCUUGCAUGCAGCCAUCACCAGGCGAGACUGGCUUCUUCGGGAGAAAGAGCAGUUGCAGAAAGAAAUCGGAGCCCUCCAAGCGAGGCUGUCUGUGCUGGAGGCCAAAGAACAGCAGCUGGGAAGAGAGCUGGAGGAGCAGGAGACUCCACUGCAGUGGCAGGGCCGUGACCUGAUGCCGCUGGUGGCCCGGCUACCCCUGGGCCAGCUGCAAGAGUUCAGCAAGGCCUUGCAGGACACCCUGGCCUCUGCCAGCCAGGUGCCCUUUCAAGCAGAGCCACCUGGAGCCAUAAGGAGCCUCCAGGAAAGGACAAAAUCCCUGAACCUGGCCAUUAGAGAAAUCACUGCCCAGGUGUGCGCCAGCGAGAGACUUUGCAGCUCUCUGAGGAGGAGACUUGCUGACCUUGAAGCCCAGCUACCUGCCUUGCUGGAAGCCAAGAUGCUCGCCAUAUCGGGAAGCCACUUCCGCACAGCCAAGGAGCUCGCGGAGGAGAUUCGGGCCCGGGCCUCGGAGCGGGAAGGCCUGGAGGCGCUCCUCAGCAGGCUGCUGGUGCUCAGCUCUAGGAGCCACCGAAGACUGCAGAGCGUCAAGGACGACUAUGGCAGGUGCAGACGGGAGCUGGCACACCACGCGGCUGUCCACAAAGCAAGUGUGAAGGAGAAUGCCAUGAAGUACAUGGGAACACUUGGGGAGCAGCUGCGCAGCUGCAGGUGUCCACUGCUGGCGAGAGUGUGGGAAGCUGACUUGGAGGCCUGUCGGCUGCUCAUGCAGAGCCUGGAGCUCCAGGAGGCAGGGAGCGGCCUGCGUGUGGAAGAGGAGGAGCCAGUGGACAGCGGAGGGGAGACCGCCGGGGUGACUACUCUGCCUGUCCCUCCACCACGCCACACUGACGACGAGAGGAAGGCGGCCUUGCAGACAUUCCAUGAGCAGAAGGGUCACCUGGCCCCCUCUCCACAUUGCAUUGGAAGUGACCACAAAGAGGAAUCUUCCAUCAUUUCUGUAGACCUCAGAGACAAAUGUGAAGCCAUUGGCAUGAAGUUAAUGCACUUGGAAGAACAACUUCACACAGCAACCCACAGCCAAGAUGAAGACCUCUUUCAGUCUCUCCGGGGGGAGCUCCAGAUGGUGAAAGAGACACUGCAGACCAUGAUCCUGCAGCUCCAGCCAGCAAAGGAGGCUGGGGAAGGAGAGACUGUGGCUUCCUGCCCACCAGCUGGUGCCUGGGAAGCACAGGCCUGAGGUGGAGAGGAGGGCCACGUGUCCUCUGUGUGGAGUGGAGGCUGGACAUGGAGGUGGACCACAUGUCAUUUGUGUGACUCUGGCACCACCCCCCGCAUGCAUUUCCCAUGUGCCUGGCGCAAUUGUGAGACACAAGGCCUUGAGGUCUUGUAGGAAGACGGCCUGUUCCUUCUCAUAGCUGAGACAGGGACCUUGCAAACCACUAUGAGGUGAUAGCUUGAUGAUUUUUCUUCUGAAUGUCACCAGGGUUCCUUUCUCUUGUCAUGGGAACAUCCAGCAUAGAAGGUGACAGUGAUCCCAUUCCAGCCUCCACUACAUGAAGUUGUGCUGGAAAGGUGUCACUUUUCCCAGUAUCAUUUUGUUUUCUGCUGCAGCUAAGGUCUUUUCUGAUACAAGAAUCUCCGAAGGAAACCAAACCCAAGGUGGCUGGCCACCAUCCCUGCUGUGGCUUCCUACAGGAGCUCAAUCCAGACAGCCAUGGAGGGGCAGAUGGACGGUGCUUUCAUUCCAUGCCGUGUCUCAUCUCCAGUCAUUGUCUAGCUUGAGAGCGUCCUCCAGGCAGGCUGGCAAGGACCAGCGUUUCUGCGGCCACAUUACUUUCUCAUAGGAACCCCUCUCACAUUACCCACACUGCCCCUGGGAGGCCUGUGUUUCCUCGGCCAUGCAGGAGGACAGCUCUACCAGGGCCACAUAAAAAUGCGCUUACAGCUUGAAUUGAAGCUAUUAUGAAGCCAAGACACCAGCACAAGGACAUACUGAAAACGAUGACAUCCAUUUUCUUGUAAAUGACAUGUUUUCAUUCUCGGUGGCUGAAUAAAACACCAUUGUGUGUGUGUGGCAUUUCCCGUAGCCAUUCACCUGUUGAGGGGUGCCGACAUGGAUCCGUUAACAUGGCAAUAGUGAAUGGCCUCUGAUUUCACUGUGACAUGGGGCGAGAGAGGAUAUGUCACACUGCCACUUUGCUGGGACACAGGUCUUCACAUGCCCAAGUUCUCCACUACUAACAGGCCCAGUUCCUUCCCACUUCCUGAAAUUUCAAGAUGUACUUUGACCAUUUUCCAGAUCAAAUUAAUAUAUCAUAAUGAAUGUUUGCUUUCCUCUGCAGCGAGGCUGGUCCCAAUCCUAGGGCCACAUGCACUGCGCCUUCACGAUGCCCUGCACCCCUCACAGUAGCCUGAGGAGGUGGGGGUCACAGACGGUGCCCCUGUGUCUUAGGAAGGCAAAGUCACUCUUUCUCUAAGGCUCAGAGCUGGGAAGAAGGGUGUUGUGGGAAAACCUGGCAUCCAGAGGUAGUCAGCUUCUCCUAACCAAUAUCCUUUUAAAAGUGCCUUUGAUGGCCUGUCUGUCUUUCUAGCCUUGGAACUUACUUAUUUGACCAGAUGAAAAACAUGACCACCCUGUGAAUCCUGCCCAAGAGUCAUAUACACUGAACCCAGAUAAACUCAGUAUGCUCACAACCCCAGCAAACACUGUGUAGCCUGUACAGCAGCCCACCUUCUCCCCUCCACCCUCCACCCUGACCCAGCCACUCCCAGUCACCCGAAAGGCCAUUGAAGGAGCAAGCACUCACAGCCUGAGACUGAGCGGAAUUUUGGCAGGUUCCCAGGUAAUAGGUCUUUCCCAGAACAAGUUCAUGUACUGGGAAAGCCCAUUCUUUGGACCAAAGCAACUAUAUGCUCAUUGGCCAGGGCCUUCUGGUAUUUGUAAUUUACACUUAUUUUUAAUGGCUUCAUCUUUUCUAAUCUGUGAAUUUUGUCAUAUAACUUAUUGCUUUGUUAAGUUUGUUUUUUUUUUUUUUUGUCACUGUGAAAUUAAAACUGAUAUCCAAGCCCUGGUGCUCCUUGGGGAUGUUUUGUGUUCCCGAGUAUAGACGGUGGAAGAGGGGUCAGAGGGUUUAUUGACUCAUUAAUUCUGUGGUAACUUACA